AUGUCGAAAAAUGAAGGGUAUGAGGACUUGACGGAAGGGAAGCUCGUGUAUUGGAUGAAUGCGGACAAGGACGUUGACCGUAAUGAGCUUGGCAAAAUCACCCAAGUUUGUGGUGAUUAUGAUGAGGGCGUGCUGCGGGUGAAAUUCAGCACCGGCAAGUUCAGUAUAGAUCCGAGAUGGUUGUGUGCGGCGGACAUUCAGAUCGGUGUAUUUGUGCAGGUUGCUGGUGACUCUGACGAGGUGAUUGGAGAGGUCAAGCGCGUGGAUGAUGGCAAAGAAGUGGUUGUCGAAGUCAAAGGCGAAGACCAAAAGUACAAGCCAAAGAAGCUCAUCUUGUGCGAUUUUCAGCCCGAGAUGCUUGUGUUUUGGACCAAGGCCGAUGACGACAUCCCGAAGGGUCACCUGGGCGUGGUGUUAAAGGGCUUGAAUGACUCGGGCAGGGUCAAAGUGAAGUUUCCCAAGGGAAGCUGGCGUUUUAAGCCGUCUGAGAUAGUGCGAGCACCCAUCCAGCCACAAUCGUAUGUGCAGUGGACGAGCCAU